AUGUUGUUGUCGUUAGCGUCACUAAUCUAUAACUGGCGGUCAAAGAAGGUAAAGAGUCCUGAUGAUUACUAUAAAUGUAUCUAUGGGUUUCAUGUUCAUGUAAGUUAUGUUUUGUCUCAUACAUUGCAACUUUAAAUAUUUUUUGGAAAACUCAUGGCAAAUAUAAUAUUGAAAUUAUAUAGUCGUACCUUUAUAUUUAUUGUUAAUUUGACAAAAAUUAUAUCGAUAUCGUUGAUGUUUAUCAUUUUAGAAAGCAACAUUUGUGUUAUCAUUAAUAUAUCUGACAAGUUCUGCUUUAACUACUGGAACUUUGAUUCAUAUGGCCCAGAAUGAUCUGGUGAUAACGAGUAAAGGAGUAGAGAUAGUGUCGUAUAUGUUGCUGCUGAGUGGGAAUCACUUUGAUAUGCCUUGGUUGUACAUGCCUUAUAUCUUUGUUUUUGUAAGUGUUAGAUGGCAUUAUGUUAGGUCGCUCAAAAAAUCCUGUGCCUCUUUUCAAAGCAAAUUAUUAGGGUUAGGGGCAACAGAAUUAUUUUAACAAUCAAAUAUUUACAUAUUUACCAAAAUGUAUAAAAUCUUUACAAGUGCCCAAUGUUUAGACCUUUAACUCCGUCUUACAACUCCUCUACUCAGCCUAUCUCUACUUGACUGCCUUCCAAAUAAUUGGCCCAGGCAAUGGACUAAUGGAGCAUUGGGACCAAUUCCAAGCAGUACCAGAACAAGCCCUACAAGCCUCGAUUACUUUGUUCUCUCAAACCGCUAGUGGAAUAUAUGUUUUGUGGAUUGUGUUCAGAAGUUGGCAGUACUUGAGGUUGAAGUUGAAGAAGGUCGAGCACUUCAAAAGUCAAAUGACAGAGUCUAAAUUGGCUAUUAAAAACGAAUAG